UAUGUUGUAGUUUAUACGGUUUUAUACUUUAGCAUCCUGCUCAUUUCUUAUUCAGCUAAUUUAACUACUUUAUUACUUUUCUUUUGAGUAAGUAACCACACUUGCGAUUUCCAGUGACCUAUUUAAAGUUUUUAUCACAAGAUAGACCUGAAUUUUAUUUCCCUUGCAAAUUAGUUCCAAGGUGGUAAUUGGAAACAAUCAUAUCUUUUCUGUAUAGCGAGAGCAAAAGCCGCAAUUUCACGUCAGUUGAUUUCGCUCUCGCUGUAUUUCCGUAUUUAUUCAGUUGGUUAAUCGAUAUUGUGGUAAAAAAUAAAGUAGAGAGAUACGUUUAUAGUGUGGGAGUUUUCAUUCGCAGUAUGAAUUUGAAGGUAGCAAGUGUGCUUUUUCUAUUUUGUGUCGGUGCCAAAAGAUUAGUGAGUAGUCAAUCAUUUAAAGAAAUUUGCAAUGAUAUACUCCAUUUGAAAGAAACUUGCUUACUCUACUGUAUUUUUGAUGUGUAUGACCACCAUGGGGAUGAGCAUAUAACCGCAAAUGUGAUUUUUAACUUUUUGGUCGGUCAUGGCUUCACGGCAAACUCCCCGAAUGCCAAUGUGACUCGUUUAGAAGCUUGUUUGAGAUUCCUUCAGGACUCACUGAAUACAUGUGGCGUUCGAUUACCUAUCUACCAGUGCAUCCGUGAUAAUUUAUCUCAAGAUGAUCUUGAAAUCUUCAUGCAGUACAUUGAAUGGGAAAUUACACCAAAUAAAGCUCAAUUAGUUAACCCAAAGAAUUGGGGAAUGUACGGUAUUGCUCUUUUAUUUUUGUCGCUCAUAAAUAUCUUAUUGAGGUUUAAUUAAAAUUCAAUAAAAUUUUAGUGGGAAAAUAAUUAAUUUAUUAACAUUUUUCCCGCAUCUAAUGCAUUGCAUGAAAUUUAUGCAAAAGAAUUUAAUUAUGUUCGCAGUAUUAGGUAUACCUAAGAAGAGUGAAAAUAAUGA